AUGGAUGUCGAGCAACGACAUGUUAAAUGCGACGAGAGACGCCCAACAUGCGGAAAUUGCAGCGCAACAGAUCGGCAGUGUUCAUUCCUGAGCUUGUAUCCUGCGCGUCUCCCAUCGUCGCGAGCCACUGCAGCUCUGCCUCUCACGACACCACCUGCGUCCUCAUGCUCGGCGGCCUCUCCAGCGGCUCUCUCGCACGAGGCGCCCACGCCUGCGAUCAACGUUGUGGACACUGAUGCUGGCCAGCAGAUUCCAGGCCAAGUGCCUCGGCCACAGCCUUGCUUUGACGUGCGCCACCUCGUCCUGCUUCAUCAUCUCGAAAGCUAUGGCACGAAGUCGUCGAAUUUGAUGUCAUGGGCGGGUGACGAUGCCGCCAAGUUCUUGUUUGACGCCGUGUUCAAGACUGCCGUGGCGGAACAGUUCCUCAUGCAUGCGUUGCUCGCAUUCUCUGCGCUUCAUCUGAGCACACAGCAAUCCGACGACGCGAGCAAGGCAGAUUAUCUACAGCAAGCAGCAGAAUUGCAGACGUGUGCUCUGGCCCUGUUCAAUGCAACAAAGCACAAUGUGCGCGAGGAGAACUGCAUGGCCUUGUUCAUAUUCUCAUCACUUACCGGCCUGCAUACUCUUUUUGACGCCGUAGCUUCUUGUACGGACUCGAAUCGUAUACUCGACAAGACAAUCCAUUACCUAAAAUUACACCGCGGCGUGAGCGCAGUCACCGGCCAGAGCUGGCACAUUUUACGUCAUUCUGGAAUCAGUCGCAUCAUGGACGCCAUCGAAGCUGGUGAUCAGCUGUAUCGUCAACAACUCGGAGACACUGACAAUGAAUGCAGCAAGCUAUCAAAGCUGGUCCACGCAUCGACCGACAAGCUCGGCGCAGGGUCGUUCAAGGCGUGUCAGGAGGCGGUUGACGUCUUGCACUGGGUCUUUGGUGUACGGCGUACGGUUCCAGAGCCUUUUCCUACACACAUUAUACUAGCCUGGCCCAUUCGAAUUUCGGCCGAAUUUAUCGAGUUACUCGAACAACGACAGCCCAUACCUCUGAUUAUUCUCGCUCAUUGGGCGGUCCUACUAUACUUUGAUCGCGACUUUUGGGUUUUUGGUGAUGCUGGUCGACAAAUAGUAAGACCAAUUUUAGGAUAUCUUGGUUCCUACUGGGAUGAAUGGCUAGACCUACCUCGGACGAUACUCGACCAAGAUUAA